GGAAACUCGGGAGACAAUUAACAAACGAACCGCAGCACACCUAUUACAAAAGUCGAGUCGACCAAAUUUCCAUCAUCCUUUAAGCUGACAUGGCUAUUACUAGAGAUAAUUGUUCUAUGACAGGUCGCGAUCCUGUUUUAUCAUUUCAAUGUCUUUGCGACCGUUAGCCAGAGGAGCGUGGAGGCGCGCCGCAUCUAGAAGACGAACGAACAUCGGAAUCCCGAUAGCCACGCGGCGAUGUUUAAAUACGGUCCCGAAAUGCCCUGAGCCGACCUGCGAUUGCGCUGAUACGCCAUCGAUGCCCUGGGGAAAGGGUAUUGAUACGAGCGCUAAUCUAAAUGGCCUCAUAGCGUCAUAUGCGCAACAGGUUCUGAUAUGCACUGGCAAGGACGAUUGGUCGUCGCGGAUAGAGGAGGAUAACAGCGGAGAUAACUUGGCUGCGGACUUGAAAGAGCUGAUCGGUCGAGGAGGUGUUUACAGCGACCCAUUCCAUAAUGUCUCUAUCGUAAACGCUUCCUUCCCCUCUGCGAUCUCUAGACGACCGGAGGUACAGACGUCAUCCGUCUACCUUGUCCCCAGCUUCAAAUACAUCCCGUUCCUCCCAAGAGUGUCAUUCGACUCCGUACAAGCCUUAGUAAAGGGCUACUUACUGCCGGAGAAGUUACAUCCGAUGAAUGAUGGAUUAUCCCCGAUACAUAAGGACCGAUUAACACGGAAGGAGACGUAUCAGCAAUUACUAUACGGAGUGCGCGAUGUAGAGGACGUUCUCGUUCUAAUAUGCGGGCAUGGAGAGCGGGACAAGAGAUGUGGUAUCUACGGACCCAUCUUGCAAGAGGAAUUUGAAAGACAAUUACCUCGGGCGGGAAUAGACGUCCUUCAAGGGCCGGCACUUGACGAAGGUAUCACUGCACCGCAACUCUCUGGCACUACAUCAGAAACACAAACACAGAACACGGCAAGAAUUGCUCAGAUCAGCCAUAUCGGCGGUCACAAGUAUGCCGGAAAUGUUAUUAUCUACCUACCGCCAAAGUUAAAGAACAGCGCGGGUAACGAACACCCCUUAGCCGGCCAUGGAAUCUGGUACGGUAGGAUAGACCCGAAACAUGUAGAGGGGGUCAUUAAGGAGACCAUUUUAAAUGGCAAUGUUAUCGCCGACCAUUUUAGAGGAGGGAUCAAUCAAAAGGGAGAGAUCCUUAGAAUAUAGAUGUUAUAUAUGUGGGAACACUGCGAUGUUAUCACGAUACGAUAGACUCGCGGUCUUGUAUGAUUAUUCACGAUCAAACUCCCCGACUCAUGAGAAACUUGCUUGGAAUGAAACGGAAUAGAAAAAUUACGACUCUCAAGGGGGUAUUUACAGUGAGGUGCCAGACCAGUGCGGACGCCCCAUAUUUACCUCUGUUAUUGACAUAACAGCAACUAGGAUUUUAUCUAUUCUACCUCAUUCAAUUCUACUAGAAUCUCAGCUAGAAUAAGAUUUAAAUAAUUCCUUAA